AGAGAACUGACAGUAUAAAGGAGAAACCUGACUUCCCCCUCCCCUGGUGGUCAUCACUGGAAACCAACACCAGCUUCCCUGGAGAAAGCCUAGAUGAAGAAACUGAGACCCACAGAGAGACAGUGACUUGUCCAGGGCUACCUCCAACAUGCAGACUCCUCCCCUGAUGUCUCUGCUGCUUGUGUCUGUGGGCCUCAUGGAAGCACUUCAGGCCCAGGGCCACCCCAUCACCCGUCGAGACCUGUUCUCUCAGGAAAUGCCCCUGGACAUGGCCCCGGCCUCCUUCGAUGACCAGUACGCUGGCUGCGCGGCAGCCAUGACGGCUGCUCUCCCCGACCUCAACCAAACGGAGUUCCAGGCCAACAAGGUGUACGCCGACAGCUGGGCGCUGGCAAGCAGCCAGUGGCAGGACCGCCAGGCCUGGGGGCCGGAGUGGGGCCCGAGGCCCACCCGGCUGCCCGCACGGCCCCCGGGCUUCCGCGACGAGCACGGGGUGGCCCUCCUGGCCUACACAGCCAACAGCCCCCUGCACAAGGAGUUCAACGCGGCCGUGCGAGAGGCGGGCCGCUCCAGAGCCUACUACCUCAACCACUUCUCCUUCAAGACGCUCCAUUUCCUGCUGACGGAGGCCCUACAGCUGCUGGGCAGGGGCCAGCGUUCACCCCGGUGCCACCAGGUGUUCCGAGGGGUGCAUGGCCUGCGCUUCCGGCCAGCCGGACCCGGGGCCACCGUAAGGCUGGGGGGGUUUGCAUCUGCAUCCCUGCAGAACGUCGCAGCCCAGCAGUUUGGGGAGGAUACCUUCUUCGGCAUCUGGACUUGCCUUGGGGCACCUAUCAAGGGCUAUUCCUUCUUCCCCGGGGAGGAGGAGGUGCUGAUCCCCCCCUUCGAGACCUUCCAGGUGAUCAAUGCCAGUAGACCAGCCCAGGGCCCCACCCGCAUCUACCUCCGGGCCCUGGGCAAGCGCAGCACGUACAACUGUGAAUACAUUAAAGACAAACAGUGUAAGUCUAGGCCCUGCCGUCUGGAUAACUCAGCCAUGGAUCAAGGCCCCCCUUCUGCAGUCUGGUCCCUCCUACUGCCGCUCUGGUUUCUUGCCGGGGGAACCUUUCCAUAGAGACCAGCCUCCCAUGAUCCAUCCAACACUGAACAGCUCUGCCUUCCCAACACGCUGCCUUGAUCGUGGAACAUGGCGAUGUCAGCCUCUUGUGUGCUUUAAGGACAGCCAGGAUCCAUGGUAACUCCCUCUGCAGGGAACACUGGGACUUCCUCUGGCAGCUGCCAGGUUUGCUAAUGAAGAAAUAAAGGACUUCGGGGACUGAGCCUUACCCAAAGCUCUGAGAGUGAGACACUGAAUAGAGGCAGGGGUCUCUAGGGCAGGCAACAACUCACUUGGAGACUGAAGAUUAAACUAGUUUGGGGAGGGCCUGGGG